AUGCCGCGAACCUGCUGCCUCAACCGCGACACGAACGAGACGAAGAUCCAGGUCUCGAUAAACCUCGAUGGCGGCGACCUCUCACCUUACGAGCAUAGCGACUUCUGGGCCGCCUACGACAAGCAGAAUCUCAAUGGCGAGGGUGAGAAGGUUGACAAGGACCAUGCUACCCAGAAAUCGGCGUCCCAGGAGAUCUCUGUCGACACGGGCAUCGGCUUCCUAGACCACAUGAUUCACGCCAUGGCCAAGCACGCUGGCUGGAGUCUGCGCAUCCGGUGCAAGGGCGACCUGCACAUUGACGACCACCACACGAGCGAGGAUGCAUUCUUGGCGUUAGGCACAGCCUUCAAGAAUGCGUUGCAGGGAAGCACGGGUCUUGCCCGUUUUGGACACGCAUACGCACCGCUCGAUGAAGCGCUAUCACGGGCCGUCAUCGACCUGUCGAACAGGCCAUACAGUAUCAUUGAGCUGGGUCUCAAGAGGGAGAAGAUCGGUGACUUGAGCUGCGAGAUGAUUCCCCAUUGCCUACAAAGCUUUGCGCAGGCGUCUGGCACCACCCUCCACGUUGACUGCAUACGCGGCGACAACGAUCACCACAGGGCAGAGAGCGCCUUCAAGGCUCUUGCGGUUGCUAUCAGGCAUGCGACAACCGUGGUGAAGCAGUGGGAGGGUGAAGUUAGGAGCACAAAGGGCGUGCUUUACUAA